GCGGUUCCAAUCGCCAAAUCCUCUCUUCUACCUAUCCCUUUCCUGGCCACAUAAAAACAACCGUCGUCGCCGGAGCUCUGAUCUUUACCUCCCGAUAAUAUGUCAGUCUCGGAUGAUGAAGACGAGUGCUUCGCUCGGUUCCUCGAAUCAGAAGUCUCAUCGGUAGAGGAAGAAGAAGAAUCGAAAGAACCUGAACCAAAACGACAAUGUCUUGAGAAAGACAAAACAAAGGUUGUAGAGAAGGAUGGAGAUCAAAAGGAAGAUGGUAACAAAGAUAGAAAUGGUGCGAAGAUAAUACAGAGUGGAGUUUUCAACAAAGUUCCAACAGAGAUAUUUCGUCAUAUCUUUAAGUUCUUGUCCUCUGAGGAUCUAAUAUCAUGCUCUUUGGUGUGUAAAUUUCUCAACUUUGCUGCCUCUGAUGAAUCCUUAUGGCGUCGCCUGUACUGUAUCCGGUGGGGACUAAUGCCUACAACUAGAAGGUUACGUGAAUCUGCUUGGAAGAAGCUUUAUAUCGAUCGUGACGAGAAGGACAUGAUUGAACUUGUUAGAAGCUGUCCGACGGAUUUUAAAGAGUAUUACAUUCAAAUGCAAGCAGCAAAGCGAAGCCAAGCACCUCUUCCAUCUGAGAUGGUGGAUGACCGGAUAGUUCUUGACAAAACUGUACUUGACCAAGUAUCUCUGUGGAAGAAAAGCAAGGGACUUACAGAUAAGGUUGUGAUUGGCCAUGUUUGUUUAGGAACAAAAUGUGAUUACCAUCAGAUUGACGACGUUUUCAUAUGCCAAGAGACGGGAAAUGUUCAUGUAUGCGAUGAUAACUGCAAAGAAGGAAUAUAUUGUUCGGAGAGUGGGAACAUGGUGUGUACUAUCUCAGGGCUUUGUUCUGAUAGUUUGCUCGUGGAAGAUGAUUCAAAUGCUGACGAGGAAGAAGCUGAACUAGAAGCUGAGAUAUUUACAGGAAAAGGCCGUUUUGGUCGAGCUUUUGAAUUGGGAUACAACUGCGAGAGUGAGCAGGAACUAGAACGUACCUUUGGGUUCUGCUGAUCAAAAAGUCUCUAUUCUCUCUCUCAAACUCUGAGUCUGCCUCUGUUGUAGUGCAAUGAUACAAAAGAGAAGCUGUGGUUUUUUUAGUAGUCUUUUUAGCUUUGUAACGUAUGCAGAUAUUUGUCUGUAAUUGCUCUAUUGUCCUUAAAAAAGUUUUACAUCUAGUAGUUAAGUUCCAACUUUUCCAGUAAUUCCUAUUCGUAAUUUGUAGUUUCAUAGCAAUUAGUAAUAAUCGAAUAAUGAUUUGCUCUGAUAUCUUGUUUUGCAUUUAUAAUCCAAAUCGCAAGUUUAUCCUGG